AUGGACGCUUCAUUAGUCCCUGCUAUGACAGGUACAAAUGAAGCGCGGACUCUUUCCUAUAUUCUAUCACCUAUCGAUUCUUCACCUUUAUCACAUCCUUUAAAUAAUUUGGAAACCACUAGUGAAUCUAUUAACUUAGUACCAAAAUUAUCAAAUUUCAACUCAAAAGGCAUUGCUGUAUCAGUUUCAUAUAUGACAGAAAAUAAUGAAAGAAAGAAUAGUGAGAGCACCAUAAAAAAUUGUGAGAUUACUCAGAAAAACACCAUAUCCUCUUCCAUAUUUGCUUAUCACUCUAUGUCAAUCGAUAUAGAAAAACAGAAAUCCCAGACAUCUAUCGUUAUACAAUCAGGUACGAGAUCAGACGAUGAUCAUUGUAUCAACCCUAAAAAGAAUAAUAAUGUUCAGUGUUUUCGUUCUAUAUCAUCACCGCAAUUGACUAUUAAACCUCUAACACGUUCAAAGGUCUAUCGGAAAGCAUCGCUAAAAUCUUCUACAAAUAAAUCAAAUUUACAGUCUGAUCUCUCUACCUUUACAAUGGACAACUUCAACGUUGUUUCUAAUAUAAAAACAAUGAAUACUGCUAACAACAAAUGUAUCUUAUCAAAAGCGAAUAAGUACAGAAAGACUCCCGAACAAUGUCCCAUCCAAAACGAGACAUGCGGAAAGGCCAAGGAAAACGACAGCGGUAUUGCAAAUUCAAAAAACAAGUGGAAUAUCGAAGAUGUUCAUAUAACAUGUAAUCCGUUAUCAACGCCGUAUCCAUAUUCGACACCUUGUCAGAAGACAGCGAGUGGAACGGUAACAGAAUCGCAAGAUGAGGAACCAAAGAGUCGUAGUUGCGGAAGUUUCUUACCAAUCCUCUCGUUAAUUCCCCAAACAGUUAUUGGCUUUCAAUAUUUGAGUCCGAAAAUGAAGUUCUCUUGGUGGCGUAACAAGAUAUCGUGAAGACACGCUUAAACGACCGUUUGGCACGAUGGCCGCUUAAGUAGCGCGGUAACGACGACUCGAUGCCGUUCGGUCGAAAUAGCAGCAUGACUACAAAAGAACCUCUUUUACCUCGUAGUGAGUUCCCAACUCUUCUUCAUCAAUUAGAGGAAUCCUGUUAACGUUACACUCGCAGGUCACAAAAUCUAUCGCCCUUAAACCGUUUAACAUGAUAUAGGGUCGUAGAGGAAAGCGCAUGCAGCUAGAAAUUAACGAGCAUAAGUAGUUAUUUAAUUAUGCCGUAUAAAGAGAGAGAGAGAGAGAGAAAGUGAAAAAGAAAAAUAAACAAAAAAGAGAGGAGGAGAAGAGAGUGAAUGAA